UUUUAGCUUUCGAGGACACAUUUGUUGCGAAUUCGAAGGAGGAAAAAGCAAUCACGAAAUAUUACUUGUCUAUUGAAAGCAACAGAGUCUUUCUAUCAUUUUACUAAUGCUGAUAGAUUUUUUUCCUUUGCUUCAUGGAAAUUCGACUAUGGAGUUGGAGUACGAUGUAUACGUCCCAAAUUAUGUAAACAAUAACAUUGCUCCCGUUGUUCUUCUUCACUCCAUGGUCGAAACCAGAAAAACAUGGCUGCAUACAGCUCCAAAUAUCAUGAAAUAUACAGGAAGAAAGGUUUAUGCUAUCGACGCAAGAAAUCAUGGUGAAAGUCCAUGGAGUGACGAAUAUUCAAUUGAUGCCAUGGCAAAUGAUUUAGAAGAAUUUCUUUAUAAGCAUAAGAUAAACAAAGUCAUUCUUGUUGGUCACAGUAUAGGAGGAAAAGUAGCGAUUGAAUAUGCUUUCAGAAAGCCAGAAAGCGUCGAGAAGCUCAUUAUCGAAGAGAGUACACCAAGAAAUUUUAUAGAAGGUGGAGGUAAACUUUCAGCUUUUUUCUUGAACUACAUGAAGGAUAUAAAAGAUACUAUGCCAACAGAUAUGAGUAAAGAAGAAUUAACUACAGUUUUGAGGAAUUUGGCAAUAGGCUUUGCUGCUGAUUUGAGAGCAACAGAAGAAUACGUAUCAAACUACGAUUUUAGCCUUUUACCGUUGAAAUGGGAAGGAAAUACAUAUGCGGUGCAAUUAAACCUUGAUGUGAUAGCGUAUGCAGUUAUGCACAAUAAAUUGCACCAAAACUUAACAGGAACAUUUGAAGGAGAUGUUUUGCUUUUAUAUGGUUCGAAAUCACAAUAUAGAAUAGGGUCUGAUCCCUUAUUUUUAAAGUAUUUGCCUCGGACGAAGAAAGUGGAAUUUGAAAAUGGUGGACACUUUCUACAUCAAACAUAUCCUAAAGAAUUCACACAAGAAGUGGUCAGUUUCAUAAACAGAGGCACAACACUGCAAGCUAAAUACUGAAGGAAGGACAGUUAGAAUGAUUUUAUUUCAAUUUUAUAGUUUCCAAAAGUUGAUUAAUGUUUAAAGCUAUGUAUUUGUACAUUAUCAAUGUUGCUUUUUUCCAAAUUGUAUUUGAUCUUCAUUUAAAAAGUUGUUUUUGUAUGUACUUUUUUAAUUUUUUUAUAUUUGAAAUAAAUUUAUCUUUCCAAAUAGA